GAUUCUGGUUUUGAAUUAAUCUGCCCUAGCAUAGCAGUAGCACAAAACCCAACAUUUCCGCACACAUCUGGAAUAUCAAAGAUGGAUCCGCUUAAAGAUUAUUAUAUGGAUCCCGAUUUUGAUCCCCGGAAAGUAACGAUGUCAAGGUUACGCGAGAUAUUUUUAUUUAACGGAGUACAUUAUACUGGCAAUGAGCGAAAGGCCGACCUCGUCAGUAUGUUUGAGGACCACAUUCGCCCACGAAUACCCGAGCUUCGACGGGAGGAAGAAGAGCUCAAACAAAAGGCGGAGGCGCAACACAGAUCGGCUGAGAAAAGGAGAAGACACAGUAGGACCAAGUCUCUGGACGUUCCUAAAACACCUGAAACAAUAAAGUCCACCGGAAAACGUGGUACCGGACGUGGUAAACAAAAGAAUAAAGGAAAGGUCACGUCUGUGGAAGAUGAAAAUAUUCUUAAUACGCCAACCCCUAUUUUUUCUGAUCAAAAAUUUGAACCACUCGUUCCCGAUGACGAUGAACAAACACCAGUCGCAGAGGUUUCAAUAGAUGAUCGGGGCGCAAAUAGGAACCAACGUGAUCAAAAGAGGGAUAUCUCACCAGAUGAGCGCGCUAAAGGACAAACCUACUCCGUUCGUAAUGUUUCUUUUACAGAAGUUCCAAAAUUGUACCCAGAAGUUUCGAAAAGUCCUAAUGAAGAAGAGUACCAGCCUGUUCGAUGUGACGCCAUCGCAUACGCUUACCGUAAUCCUAAUCGUAUCCCGCGUAGUCAAAUUAGUCGUAUUCUCCCACCUGAUGUUGAUUUCUCUGCCCUAGAGCCUAGUUCAUCUAAAGGAUGGCUUUUUAUUUUCACCAUUCUUUUGUUUUUAACGGGGGCUGCUUUCAUGAUGAUUCGAAUCAGAGUUGAAAUUGGAUUUUGCGAUAGCAGUGAUUUAUUAAACAAUACUUUAUCUGUCGUGUCUAAUAUUCCAGAAGACGAUAAAAAUUUUAUUGAAUCUAAUUGUACCCCCUGUCCUCCUCAUGGUCAUUGUUCCGACAGAAGACUUGUAUCCUGUGAUGAAGGAUAUGCUGUCUCAUCUUCUUCCCUCGAUUUUUUGAGAACAUUUACUAGUCGUUGUGUGGUUGAUCUUAACCGUGUGCAAAAGAUCGAAACGUACACCAGACUUCUCAAGGAUGUCGUUGCCAUUGAAACUGGUCGGAUGAAAUGUGGCGCGGGAGGCAGCGAGCUCGUUCUUUUCGAGUCUUUGAAAGAAAAUCUUCGUGCCAAAAAACUUCCAUCGCACGAUUCAGAGGUGGAUUUUGAGAAAUACACAUUAAUUGCAUUAGAGAGACUAAGGACUGAUGAAGACGUGGAAAUUAGUACCGAAGAAAUUGAUUCGGAGGGCCGCAUGUACAUCAUUUCCAAGAAGCCAAAGAUUGACAUUUUUUGUCGCAUGAAGAAAAAUGGGAAAGAUUUUUUGCGAGAGAACUCCAAGAUGAUCAUUAGUAUGUUUUCACCUGAUGGUUUUCUACAUCAAACGAAAAAAGUGGGAAGCGUACCAGGUUC